UUAAUAUCGUUAAUAAUUAAUUUGUUAUUGAGAAUGGAAGCUAAAUAGUACUUUUCAAGCUUACUACAUAUCAUCAGUUUCGAUAAAAUAUGAAUUAUUUACUUAAUAAUAAUUCGAGUGAUUAAUAAAAUUAGUUUUUUGUUGAUGUAGCCGUAUAAGAAUACAAUUAAUUAUGCACUUUGAAAAGGAUGUUGAAAUUAAAAGGAAGGUUAUUCAAAAUUUAAACGAAAAGCACAUUAAAGAUCUUUUAGAUCUAGGAAAAUGUACGAAACUCUACGAGGAAUUGUCGCAGAAAAAGGAAGAGAUCGAAAAGCAGUUAAAUAUAUCCGAAAGGGAAUCGAUUGUCGGGAAAGCGGUUAGAGAAGGCGAAUUAUUAAUAGAAAAUGGAAGAGAUGCUGUUAAUAGAACCGAUGAGACAAUAUCUACAAUUCAAAACGAUUUAGAUGAAAUUCAAGAAGUUAGAAGUGAUAUAAAAAACUACUUCGAUAAACUGAACACUUUGCAAUGUACUUUGCAAUAUUUGAAAAUUUUACAGCAAGUGGAUUACUUGAACAAUGAACUUUACAAAGAAGUAGGUAAAAAAGACGACGAAAAAUGCGCAACUUUGUUCGUUAAUUUGACUGAAAUAUGUAGAAAUUUAGCGGAUUUUGCCGGACAACAUCUUAAAAAUUAUCUAAAAGACGAUAUAUUCUAUUGGCACAAUAUUUUAAAGGAAAAUCUUUCCAAAGAUUUUAACGAAAUCAUCAAAGCGAUAAAGUGGCCUUUCGUCAGCGAAAAUUUCACUUUGGUGCUUCCUUUCACCAAUCAAAUCCAGAAACUCCAAAUCGUAUCGGAAUAUUUAUUACAAAUCGAAAUUCCCCCGGAAUGCGCUCACCCACUGGUAACGACAGCUCUUUUAUCCAACUUCCCCCCGAUAUGUUUACCAGUACAUUUGCUGCUGCAACCCCUAAAAAAACGGUUCCUCUAUCAUUUUUACGGAGCCAGACAGACCAAUAGAGUCGAUAAACCGGAAUGGUAUCUCACGCAGAUACUUACAUGGAUUAGGGACCACAAAGACUUUGUAGAUAAAUAUAUCCAACCUGUAGCCGAUAGAUUAGGCUUACUUCACAUCGAAACCAAGUUGGAAUUUAUAAGGGGACUCGUCCAAAUAGCCGUCGAGAAAUUACAUUCCGAGCUGCCCAAUUUGCAAUUCGACGAUUUCACGUUUUCCCAUUCGAUCGACGAAGCCCUCGGUUUCGACAAAGAACUAAGAGAAACCUACGAGUAUCCAGCCAACCAACCUAGCGUUCUAGUCGUCCUUACGCAACCCCAGAUUUUCAUCAAAUGGUUAUCGAUGGAAAAGAAAUAUGCUACCGAAAAAAUGGACUCCAUGCUGUCUCCUAACGCAGUCGAUGCUUUCGAUCCCCUCACGUCCGAUGUGGAAAAUUUGAAAAUAACCAACUGCGCCGACGCCUUCAUAACUCUCUUGCAAACGAUCACCGAGAGGUACGAGUCGCUGCCGCAGCCCGGCCAUCGACUGCAAUUUCUCGAUUUGCAAUUGGAAUUGCUGGACGAUUUUAGAGUAAGAUUGUUGCAGCUGGUCAACGCUGAAGAAGGCAGCGACAUCAUCGAAUCCAUCAUUCCGUCUAUAGCAAACAGUAUUUAUUACGUGGAAAACGUUCUGAUCGAUUGGGGAGCGACGUUGCAUUAUUUGAGUUUGUAUUACUACAAAAAUCAAGCCAGCGACAAGCAAUUGUCUACACCUGCUCUAGCAGAUUUCGAUGACAACAAUCCGGAUUACGACAUCGAAACUGAUACUGUAUUCGCAGAAACCAUGUCGCUGUAUAUGCACAUGAGAAAAGACCUUCUGCACACUCUAGCAGAAACUGUGAUCGUUGAAGUUAGGAGUAGAAGUAAAGCGUACCGAUGUGAUAAUUGGCUGACGAUGAAAGUGAAUAAAGAAUUUCGAAGUCUUUCCCUAACGCCUACGGCUUGCUCGAUGUUCGAGGUGCUAUCGAAGCGUUUGCAUCAAUUGCAGAAGAGCCUGCAGGGUAAAUUGUUCACGUUCGUGUGGCGUUCGAUCGCCCAGCAAUUGGAUUCUUAUUUGUUCGAGGACCUGGUGCUCGAUAAUCGCUUCAGCGAAGGAGGGGCGCUGCAAUUCAAAUUCGAUAUCGUUAGAAAUCUGAUUCCCUUGUUCUUGCAGUUUAGUCAAAAACCGCAGAAUUAUUUUACUCAAGUAAUCGAGUCCUGCAACCUGCUGAAUUUGAGCAAAGGCAGUGCUUUGUUGUUGCGCGAGACUCUGUUGGCUCUGGAAGGAGCUACAGGAGUGGAGGAUACGAGGGGGAAAGUGUUGCAGGAAAUCGGAGUGACUUAUUUUACACCGAAAAUGGCUGUUAGAAUUUUAAACCAGCGGGCUGAUAUUACCGUUAAUAGAAUUCUAAUCGAUUGAUUUGUUAUUAAGUUUCGAUGAUUUUUUUAAUAAAAUAUUUUUUAUUUAUGCUAA